UUGUUCUCCUGCCACUUCUCCCUCGGGUUCUCCCCCCUAUCUAGGUACUGUUUGCGAAAUCGCAGCACACUUCUGAAAACUCACCUCCGCCCCUCCACGACACCCUCGAGGACGCCGGAGAAGAUGGCCGGAUUCAAAGAGUCCUCCAUCAAGGAGAUAGCCUCCGAGGACGAGUGGCGUUCCCACGUCGCGUCGCUGCCCUCGUCCACCCUCCUCAUCAUCUCCUUCCACGCGCCCUGGGCCGCGCCCUGCGCCACCAUGUCUGCCGCCCUCGGCGCCCUCGUGCAGGACUACCCCGUCACCGACCCGCUGUCGACGAGCUGGGUUUCGAUCAACGCCGAGGAGCUCAGCGACAUCUCCGAAACGUACGACGUCACCGCCGUGCCCUACCUCGUCCUGCAGCGCAACGACAAGGUCGUCGAGACCGUCAGCGGCAGCAACGUCGUGUUGGUCCGCGAGGCCAUCGAGCGCCACGCCGCGAACCCCGAUGGCAACCCCACCACCCUCGCCAAGGCGGACGGCGCAAUAACCGCCGCCGCCGCCUCGUCCGCUCCGGCCGCAUCGGUGCCCGCGCCCGCGCCAGACGAGGUCGAGACCGCGACGGCCGACCCCGAGAAGGCGGAAGAGGAGCUGUUCAAGCGGCUCGGCGAGCUCGUCAAGGCGGCCCCCGUGAUGCUGUUCAUGAAGGGAACGCCGAGCGCGCCGCAGUGCGGCUUCUCGCGGCGGCUGGUGGGCCUUCUGCGCGAGAGAAGCGUUAAGUACGGCUUCUUCAACAUCCUCGCGGACGACGAGGUCCGGCAGGGCCUCAAGAAGUUUGCUGAGUGGCCCACCUACCCGCAGCUGUGGGUCGACGGCGAGCUCGUCGGCGGUCUGGACAUCGUUAAGGAGGAGCUAGAGAACAACCCCGACUUCCUGAAGGCGCACAGUGUCGCCACGGAGGGGAGCGUCGCCGCCGCCUGAAGAGUGCCGUUUGAGAAGCGGACACCCGCUCUCAACGAGCGGGGGGUAGGAGGGCAAAAGGAACGGAAUCAAAGCAAGGGAACCACCUUCGUGAUCGACACAAUGCUCAUAUGCAGCGGCAUGCGACGUACCGCCACGUCGGCCUAGGAACGCGUACAUACACACGGAACAUAUACCGAUGCCACGGCAACGGCCCAUCGCGGCCGCUGCUAGAGAGGGAAGCGUGUGUUGCCAAACCGUUCGGUGGAAUUAGCACUGGGAUAGAGUCGGGACUAGGGCGGCGGGGAUACGGUAAUCCGCAAAAUAUCAGUCUCUGGGUUUCGUUUUCCUCCCUGAUUUUUUCUUCCGCUGUGUUUAUUUUAUGAUUAUUAUUUUACACUAAAACAUCUCCCGGUCCGCUUCCGCAAGACAAACCUUCGGAGGGCUUGGGGCAGGGGAGGACGGAAACGGAACGGCCGAAAUCAUCUGCUUA